AUGUUUUCAGUAAGGAUUUAUUCAGAGCGCAGUAUGGAGCGGCGCGAUAGAGAACGACAGUAGAAUUCCGUAAAUUUCAACAUUGCACUUGGACGAUCCUAAAACAACAACGAAUGGACCAAAUAAAAUCAUCCUAAAGUGCCAAAUAAAAAGCACAUGCGGUUUCACCGACCACGUGGGCUGCACGUUAUUCGAACAAACAAGUGCCAGAGAACGUGAGCCACGAGGGCAUCAAAGUAUUCCCAAUCCGUUGAGAAGUCCAUCCUCGAUUGUGCUCGAUAAAAUAGCCAGAAAAAAAAUACUACAAAGGUAUGACUUAACAACAAUUUAAAGAGACGGAAAAAAAAUAAUUCGCUCGUGAUGAAAUUUCUCUAACCUGCACGUGGAAGAAAAUAGAAGACGGAGAGGUGGAAAAUAUUCAACUGAAAGAGGAAAAUAAAAGAUAGAAAAAUGGGAGAUCAACAAAUUGCCAGCUUACGAGCUUUAAAAUGCAGAAAUUAGGCAACGCGUCACUGGGGAUCUCAUGUGAGCACCUGUCAACCCUCUACAACCUCAAAAACUCAAAAAAUGUCAAAUGUUCGCAAGGACUGAGCUACCACUAUCAUAACAAUUCGUUCAGCAGAAACUACUAAAAUGUCAAAUACUAUGGCUGCAGGCGUACCCAAUUCCAAGAGACUCAAGCCCCCCAUUCCGUUGGAUCACAUCUUCAAUGCCGAGUUCAGUUCAUUAUUUCAGAGGCACUGGCUCGAAUUUACACCCCUAAAAAGUUCCCGAAUGGAAAUAAUAACACAUCCAUUUCGUGUGUGCAAAAUACCAAAUUUCAUAAGAAAUAAAGCAUUCAUGGAAGAAUUGAAAAAUGAACUGUCAGUGGUGAAGAGCAGAAGGAAAUGGACUGACGUCCACUGUAUGGAAGAAACAGAAGACCUCAGAGAUGUUCACACGGACUGUAUUAGUCGUCUCCAUCAAACCUUGGAAAAUGAUAUAAGAAUCUGGAUCGAUACCAAUGCAGGAAUUGGACUGAGUGCUGUAAUUUCUAUGUAUUCAUCAUGUUACUGUGACACUGAUUAUUUUCUCUGUCAUGAUGAUUACAUGGGCGAUCGUAAAAUAGCCUACAUACUGUAUUUGUCGGAUAACUGGUCCCGUGAAGACGGUGGUUCACUCGAUUUUUUCGACACAGACUCCCUGGAUCGUCCGAGGAAGAUCGUUCACUCUCUCAUCCCUGAGUACAACUCUUUGGUCUUCUUCGAGGUCACCAAUACCUCCUAUCAUCAAGUUUCCGAAAUUGUAUCACACGAUAAGAGUAGGUGGACUGUACAUGGUUGGUUUAAUAGUCCCGUCAGUCGUGACACACGAUCUCCAAGACCUCCAAUUGAAUUAACGUUUCACGAACCUUUAGAGACUGAUGGGGAAUUGAGUUCUUGGAUCAUGGACUCUUACCUCUCCAAAAAUAUUGCGAUUGGAAUCCUAGAUGAUCUUGAAAAAAAAUCCUACUCCUAUCUUGUACAUUUUCUGAAAGAGGAGGUCUACACGAAAGUUUCUACUGAGUUAAUAAGUGAAGAUAUCAAGUGGAAUAGAGUUGGACCGCCUGAUCGUAGAAACUAUGAGAUUGCUGAUGCAAGAACACUACCAGCUACACUGAAAAAAUUCUACGAGAUGUUCAAAUCAAUUGAAUUUUUCAGGCUUAUGAAAGAUUAUACAGAAUUAGAACUCGUACCUGAUGGCAAUACAAUAAAACCCAAGAUGGUGAUUGAACUGCAGAGAUGGUCCAGGGGAAGCUACACAUUGACCUACGGUCCCGAUGAAUCGGAUCUAAAUUACGUGAGCAAUAUCAAAGAGAUUGAAAAACCCAAAGGAUUUAUUUCUAAGAGACGAGUUAUCAGUGAGGAAAUUGUUGAAGAUCUUGAAAGGCUCGCAAGGAGGAGUACAAAUGGUGCAAAGAGGAGAUCCACAGCUGGUGAAGUCUACACCAGUAGCAGUGAAAAUUCAGACGAUGAAAAGAGCAAAAUUACGAAAAUGAAGAGAAGAAGGUGGAGAGAUGAUCAGCCCACGUGUUCCAAGAUCGAGGAUUGCGAGAGGGAAUACAGGGAAUCGUCUCUUCAUCUAGAAUCAGAGGAUCCUGAUGCCUCUGAUAUGGCUGAUUCCCUGUCUGACUCAUCAAAGUAUACCGAUGAUCAGUCCGGUGAUCCUAUCCCUGAACCAGCUACAUUGGAUGUUAUCAUGCAAUUCAAUACCACUCAUGGAUCUGAAGAGGAGACCAUUGAUUACGUGGAUCCCAAGGAGAAGGAUACAGUAAUUAUUCAUAUACCAAGUGAUGAUAAUCAUCUGUAUUUAAUUCGAAAAAAAUCUGAACUCGCUCGAGUGCAGAAGUACGUCCAUCAUUAUUACGAGGGAUAUUUUUACAAUCUCAUAUGCACCUAUUAUGAAUGAAAUGGAUCGUACGUUGCCUUUCUAUCUGGGUGUUUGGUGGUGGAGGGGGUAAUGGAAAGGCUGUUCAGAGAGUUGGAUCAAUCGGCAAAGAGAGAACGAAGAAACACCCAUGAUGCGCUCUCAUUCUGCCUUCACUUUAUACGUGAAAUUUUUCUUACUUUGAUUCAUUAAUUUUCGAUAAUGUGAUAAAAAUUUGUGUACUGUGAAAUUUCUUCUAAAGAUAACUGUAAUGUCAAAAUAUGUACUGUGAUUUGAGAUGGCAGUUGAGUAAUUUCGUUUUUUUUUUCAAUUAUAUGGUUUGAGAAACAAGUUUUAAAUAAUGAUGAUCAAACUCGGGGAUCAAUUUGGAUGUGAUCCUUAACGUGUAACAUAAUUUUCAUAUGAAUAAAAUUAUCAGUAUUUAUGAGCAA